AUGGAGUAUAAGUGUAAUAAUUUGUGCUCAUCGAAGGCUCGUGUGGCUGCUCGUGAGGUUGCUAGCAGCAGUGGACAGUUUUCUCAUUCCCGCCCACAGCGAAAUCUGAUUGGUCCAGAAUCCCGCCAUGACGUGUCGCGUACUUUUGACGCGAGCGUGUGUGAUUCCGGGAGCGCGUUCCGUUCGACGCGUCUCAGCAGCAAGUCAAUAAACUCAAUGGCGGUGACGGAGAAACUCAUCCAGGCGGUGCACGCGUACCCGGUGCUUUAUGACGCUUCGCUACACGAUUAUCGCAGCGCGGAGCGGAGGGUGAAGGCGUGGAGGGAGGUCGCCGCGUGCGUCGGGUUCUCCGUGCUGGAGUGCAAGCGCAGAUGGAAGACCAUCAGGGACAGAUACAUCCGAGAGCGCAGGCUGUGCCAGCUGAGGACGGAGGAGGGCGGCCGGCGCCUGCAUUACUGGUCACACAGAGAAACCCUGGCCUUUCUGGACGCUCACAUCAGGAAGAAGAAGCGUCACGGUGAAGCCGAGGCUCCGGAGGAGCUGGACGACUCUCCCGAUGACUCCAGCGGCGCCGAGUCGAAGCCCGGCCCGGAGAAAGAGAAGGAGCUGGUGCUCAAGCCCUUGUCUCCGCUGCCGCUGCCCAUCGUCCCUCAGCUGCCGGCGGUCAAACAGGUGCCGCCGAUGACCCAGCUGCUGCUCGCCGGUCUGCCUCCGGGACUGAAGGUGUCCAGUCCAGCGCCGCUGAGCCUCACCACAAACAACCUCAACGGGAAGCUGGAGGAGAACGAGGCGCUGAAGAGCGAGCGAGCCUUCGACGAGGACGAGCUGUUCCUCUUGAGUUACGUCCCUGCUCUCAAAAGACUGACGCCGCAGAAAAGAGCCGCAGUCAAGAUGCAGAUCCAGCAGAUCAUGUUUGACGCAGAGUUCAAAGAGCACUGAACGCUUCCUUCAACUCACUCCAGUCGCUUUUUACUUACUUUAUACCUUUUAGAAUAAGAGUCGCUUUCUUUCUGUUUGAAUGUUGGAACAAUUCGUUAUUCUUGGUGCAAAAGACCCAGAUAUCAGACUGGAAGAAGAAGUGUGUGGAGAGACAUUAAAAGGUUCUGCUCAUUGUGUGUCCGGACGUUAUUCAGUCAAAUGCUUGAUUUGAAACUGACUGAAGAAAAUGAAGAUGUUCAGCAUUAAAUGUCACUUAAUGGAGAGUUUUCAGAUAAACCGUGAAUAUAAUGUUUGCCAGCGACUAAAUGAAUCUGUGUGGUGUUGUGUUUUGAUUCAUAAAAGCAUGAACUCAAGGAAAAGUGACUCAGUUGAUCAUCAGAACUAAAUCUAAGAUGAAACAUGAGACAGAAAACUGAGCUCGAGAUCGAUGAUGACACUCGAGUACAGAACGAUUCAGUCUUCAUCCCCAAAACAUCUUUCACAACAAACCAUGCUUUCCUUCUGUAAAUAUCUCUGUUUGAACGAGGUUUGUGCUGAAAGAAGCAUCUUCAUCUUCUCUGAGAAUCAAUCAAUCAUGAAUCUGAGGCUUGAGAAGCAAACAAUCUCACUCUUUAUUUGUGUCCUGCUUAUCUGUGCGGCUCAAGACAGAUGUUAAAAAGCCGUUAAUUCCUGGAUGAAAAGCACGUAUAGUAUAUGGACGUGUACGAUUACGAAGGAGUCAAGUGUUUCUGUUAACGUCAGAAAUUCAGAUAUAGCUUGACUUUAAGCACCAUGACCUACAAAUAUGAAACAUGUUCUGACAGAAAGAGUUGAAUUUGCAUCGAAACUGACCAAGCAAAUAUGUGCUCGUGUUUAAUUAUUAAACUCUGCUUUUCUGAAGUUCACCCUAAAACUAAAUAUCAUGAUCCCUAAAACACUUAAGCAAGAAAAAAAGAAAGAUAUUGUUAAGAUAUCCUUUUGAUAUGAAAUGUGAUUUUUCUGCGAUGUUCUAAACUUGGUCUUUAUUGUUGGUUUAUUCAUAAAAAAUAAAUAAAGUAAGCCCUGCUUUAGCACA